GGGUUACCGCGCCCAUCUCCGUCUGAUGGCCGGAUGAGAGGUGAACUAAACUGGAGAGAAGUGCUCCUUCAAGGAAGGCAACGGGAAGUGGCCACCGACGGACUUAUUCGUUAACCAAAGUCUGCAACCGGACAUUUAUGACUGCAGUUUUUCAUCGCAGUUGAGAUCCCCCCUCAAACAGGCUCAUUUCCCGCCCGCUGGAGCGAGUUUUGUCGCUGUGGAAGUGGACUCGGUACUUCUCCCGCUGCUAGUUAGCGAGCUAGCUCGUCUUGUUCGUUGAUGCGUGGAUUUGACAGCCACACUAUCGUUUUUUUCGGUCAAUGCCAUAUAAACAAAGGCCAUUUACGACUGAGAACAGAUCCGAACGUGUCCCGGCAGUAGGAGUGAGGCAGAGCUUUAGAAGAGGAAAAUGAGUGAACUGGACCAGUUACGCCAGGAGGCCGAGCAGCUGAAGAACCAGAUCAGAGAUGCAAGGAAAGCUUGUGCAGAUGCCACACUAUCACAGAUCACAGCCAACAUCGACCCUGUUGGCCGAAUCCAGAUGCGCACAAGAAGAACACUGCGAGGACAUUUGGCUAAAAUCUACGCCAUGCACUGGGGCACCGAUUCCAGGCUGCUCGUCAGUGCCUCCCAGGAUGGAAAACUCAUUAUUUGGGACAGUUAUACCACAAAUAAGGUCCACGCCAUUCCUCUGCGCUCCUCCUGGGUGAUGACCUGUGCCUACGCUCCUUCAGGGAAUUACGUUGCUUGUGGAGGUCUAGACAACAUCUGCUCCAUCUACAGCCUCAAGACUCGCGAGGGGAACGUGCGCGUCAGCCGUGAGCUGGCCGGACACACAGGAUACCUCUCUUGCUGCCGCUUCGUUGAUGACAACCAGAUUGUUACAAGUUCUGGCGACACCACCUGUGCUCUCUGGGACAUAGAGACCGGUCAGCAGACGACCACGUUCGCGGGUCACACCGGUGACGUGAUGAGUCUGUCUCUGGCUCCAGACACCAGGCUGUUUGUGUCAGGAGCCUGUGAUGCCUCCGCCAAACUCUGGGACGUCCGUGAGGGCAUGUGCAGACAGACCUUCACUGGCCAUGAGUCGGACAUCAACGCCAUCUGUUUCUUCCCCAAUGGAAACGCGUUUGCGACUGGCUCUGACGAUGCCACCUGCCGGCUCUUUGACCUGCGUGCCGACCAGGAGCUCAUGGUUUACUCUCACGACAACAUCAUCUGCGGCAUAACCUCCGUGGCCUUCUCGAAGAGCGGCCGCCUGUUGCUCGCCGGCUACGAUGACUUCAACUGCAAUGUGUGGGACAGCCUCAAGGCCGACCGCGCUGGUGUGCUAGCCGGCCAUGACAACCGAGUAAGCUGUCUGGGUGUAACUGAUGACGGUAUGGCAGUGGCUACAGGGUCCUGGGACAGCUUCCUCAAGAUCUGGAACUGAACGCUGAAGGUGCUUUCAAUACAACAUGUCCGAUACAAUAUCAUUUGAACUCCAAAGUUGACUGGAAGACCAUUCCAACUUUAGAAUGUUAAAUUUCACAGCAUCGUCAACAACAAAAUACCUUAUAAAACUGACUGACACCACCAUGAAAAGAAAUAAAACUUCUAAGAGAAAACAAUGCCUUUCCUACACCAAGAAGAGCACAAUUUGUUUUAUCACCCAGCUUAAAAAAGAAAGAAAGAAGAAAAAAAAAAAAAAAAAG